UAGAUAGUAAAGUCGCAAUCAUACUAUAGAAAAUAAUUAAAACGUUACGCCUACUUUUCCUGAUUGUUUUUAGUCACACAUAGUAAAGUCGUUACCAACACCAUACCCUAGAACUGUGUUAAAAGUUGUUUGUAAUAAUCAAAGGUAUUUACUAAGUAGAAGAAAUUUCUAGUAAUAAAAGUUGUUGUGAUCUUGGACCCUGACUCAAUAGACUUCCAACAUGAAGAAAAAGGUACUCUUAAUGGGGAAGAGUGGCUCAGGGAAGACAAGUAUGAGGUCCAUUAUAUUUGCCAACUAUAUUGCGAGGGAUACAAGACGACUAGGAGCCACAAUUGACGUUGAACACUCACACGUCCGAUUCCUUGGGAACCUUGUUCUUAAUUUAUGGGACUGCGGUGGACAGGAAGCAUUUAUGGAAAACUAUUUUGCAUCACAGAGGGACAAUAUCUUCAGGAAUGUGGAAGUCUUAAUAUAUGUUUUUGAUGUAGAGAGCAGGGAAAUGGAAAAAGAUAUGCAUUACUAUCAGUCGUGCUUGGAAGCUAUCUUACAGAACUCCCCAGAAGCCAGAAUAUUCUGUCUUGUACAUAAAAUGGACCUUGUGGCUGAGGAAAGGCGAGAAGAAAUUUUCAAAACACGGGAAGAGGAUUUAAUAAGGCUCUCUAAACCACUCGAAUGUACGUGCUUUAGAACUAGUAUAUGGGAUGAAACACUAUACAAGGCGUGGUCAAGCAUAGUAUACAAAUUAAUACCUAAUGUUAAGGCAUUGGAAUCAUCACUCAAACAGUUUGCAGCUAUAGUGGAUGCGGAUGAGGUACUUUUAUUUGAACGGGCAACAUUUUUAGUAGUAUCACACUGUCAGCGGCGGCCGCACCGGGACGCUCACCGUUUCGAAAAAGUGUCUAACAUAGUGAAACAAUUUAAAUUAUCGUGUUCUAAACUGGCAGCACAGUUUCAAAGUAUGGAAGUACGGAACAGUGUGUUCGCGGCGUUCAUCGACGGUUUUACGAGCAACACAUACGUCAUGGUGGAGAUGUCAGACCCGAAGAUCCCGUCGGAAGCAACUCUCAUCAACAUUCGCAACGCUAGAAAGCAUUUUGAGAAACUCGAAAAAGUUUCAUCAAGCGCAUCCAACCAGUAUCAAUGAGAUAAAAAAAAGAAUUCCCUAAACAGUCAUUAAAGCCCGGUUUCUAUAUUUAAAAAACGAUGCGUCUUGCUCAUUAACUGUUAAAUUUCGAACAUGUGUUAGUUGGUACUUCGAAAUUAAGAUUAGUUUUAUUUGUUUGUGAUCAAAACAAAUCAUUUUUUUGAAUAUAGGAACUGGGCUGCAAUCGCCUUGCCAUAACGAUGCAUGAUACUUUGCACAGAUUAAAUAAUUGAGUAUACAUGUUUCAGUGUUGGAUUUUUUUUUUUUUUUCUUUAUUCUGGUAUGUUUUUAUAAGACAAUAAUAAGCCUAAAAGAAACAGAUA